AUGCGCUUCAUUCAAAUGAAUACGCAAUGGCAUCUGUUAUUUCUGGCGCUUGUGACUGCCACUGCCGUGUCUCGAGGCGAGCCAUUCCGUUGCAUUAUGUAUCUCACAGGACAACACGAUAUUGUCCCAUCAAAGAGCGAACUUCAAGAUGUCUCGCAUGUCAUUCUGGCAUUCAUGCGAUCCGAGACCUUCAAUGUUGACAACAAACCUCAGGACUAUCCGCUAUUCACCUCUGUUUCUGAUGUCCGCAAAAGGUUCCCUGGCGGCACCAAAGUAAUGGUAGCGAUCGGAGGAUGGGGCGAUACUCAGGGUUUCGAGGAAGCGGCCAAGAAUGAAACCACGCGGAAGCGAUGGGCGCGCCAGGUUGCUGCCAUGGUCACUGCGACGGGCGCUGAUGGCAUCGACAUUGACUGGGAGUAUCCCGGAGGCAACCGUGAUGAUUACAAGCAAAUUCCCAACUCCCAGCGCGAAUGGGAAAUCAAUGCAUUUGUGUCGCUCCUCCAAGAGUUGCGUGCUGCUAUUGGUCCCGAAAGACUUCUCUCAGCGGCUGUUCCGGGCAAAGAGGUCGAUUUGAUGGCCUUUACACCCACCACCAUGCCAAAGAUCAUGAAAGAAGUCGACUUCCUCAACAUCAUGACGUACGACCUGAUGAACCGAAGAGAUGUCGUGACCAAGCAUCACAGCGGUGUCUCGGAUUCUCAAGACUCAAUCCAGCGUUAUAUCGACCGGGGCGCAUCACCAGGUCAGCUCAAUCUUGGAUUCGGAUACUAUGUCAAAUGGUUCAUGACCCAAGAAUGCUCACAGGAAGGGCUUCUUGGGUGCCCUACUCAAUUGCUUGAGGAUCCCGAGACCGGAGCUGAUCUGGGCAAGACAGGCGGCUUUAGCUGGCACGACGAGAUUCCCCAGGACGUAUCUACAUCUUUUGAACGCGCGAAAACAGCCGGAACGUAUGAUAAAGACGGAAGCUAUUUUUAUUGGGACGAGAAAGAGUGGCGAUGGUGGACGUUUGAUACUAAGAAGUGCAUUCAGACAAAGUUUAGCCAUGUCGUGCCGGAUCUCGGAGUUGGGGGAGUUUUUGCUUGGGGCAUUGGAGAAGAUGCGCCCUCAUUUGAGCAUUUCAAAGUCACGGCCGAGGAAGUUCGCAACAUGCGGAACGGGCAUGCAGUUGAGCACGACUCCAUGGAAGAUGGGAACAAGGAUGAGUUGUAA